AUGUCUUCUGUUCUUUUUGCCGAACCCAUUCUCUUUGGGGCGGAUGAAAACAUUAAAGACAACGUCUUCAUCGCCUCGGCGCAGGUCGAGAAGGCCGAAGCCCUGAAGGACCAGGCCCUCGUCCAGGAGCUGCUGCACGAUCUCCGCGCGCGCAUCCGGGCAAAAGGGGUCGACGCGCGGAUCCUCCGGCUCGUCGAUGAGCCGGACGGGCGCAGGGUCUACGCCACAAAAGGCGACGCGGUCUUCCCGAAUAACGCCAUUUCCUUCCACAAUUUCACCACCCCGACGGGUGAGGUGAACCGGCGGGUGGUCUUUCUCUACCCGAUGAGCCCCUGCCGCCGGGGCGAGCUGCCGGAGGAGCAGCUCCUCGCAAAGCUCCGCCGAUCGGCCGCGGAAAAGCGCAUCGAAUUGGUCGAUCUUCGCGGUUUUGAGGGGGAGAAUCGCUGCUUGGAGGGGACCGGUGCGCUGAACUUCUCGCAUGACGGCCGUUUCGUCUACAUGUCGCGCUCGGGCCGCACGGACGACGCCCUCCUCGACGUCAUCUGCGGUGCGGAGUAUUUAAACAUCCCGAAGGAGCGGCGGUUUGUCUUUUCCUCGGCCACCCCCCGCGCAGAAGGCGGUGAGGACGUCAUCUACCACACCAACGUGGUGGGGUGGUGUGGAAAGCGCAUCGCCGCCUGGGCCCUCGACCUCCUCCGCUUCGAAUCCGACAACGCGCAAAAGGCGUUUUAUGAGCACCUCCUCCGGGAAUACGAUUGCGUGCUGAAGCUCAGCGUGCGGGAGAUCCAAAGCUUUGCCGGAAACGCCUUUGAGCUCACCGGCCGCACCCCAGAUGGGGCUGAGCUUCCUUUUAUUUGUAUCUCACAAACCGCGCUGGAUAACCUGGAUCCGAAAACCCGAAAACUUCUGGAGCGGUGGUAUGGUCCGGAAAACGUUUUGGGAUUUCAGGGUGACGUCUUGGAAAGACGUAGUGGCGGUUCUAUUCGCUGUACUAUGGCCGCAUCCCUUACAAUAGGCAGCGAAUUCCCUUCAGCUUUGGAGCGCUCUGUUCUAGAACACGUUGGGAUUGUUGACUGCCCGGAGUAA